CAGGCUAUUCUUUUUCUUUUGAUAUUGACUGACGUCAUUUUGCCCAUUUCUAACAGUAAACUAAAAUAAAAUUGGGACAUUAAUACAGCAAAACAUCUGUAAUAUUUUACUUUAGAAGCUACAAUGGCAGAUCCUAAAUACGAGAAUCUCCCCGGUAUAGCAUACGACCAGCCCGAUGUUUACGAGACUGGCGAUUUGCCGGAGGCUGAUCAAUCAGACACCUUUGAAGAGGAGGAGAAUGAAUGCAUUGAGCAAUUGCAUCUUUCUGUUAAAGAUUCUUUCAAUAAAUUCAAAGGGAAGUUCUUGACUGGUAAUGUCGAUUUCUCAGACAGACUCAGCCGGAAAAUAAGAAUCGGGUACAGAUCCGGAGAAUGGGAGUUGGCAGCAGAAGGAGAGCCGGAGACAACACUGGAGAGGUACAACCGACUGCGUUGUGAAUUCUCUGAGCUGCUGGAGCAAGUUGCUGAACAGCAGAACAAGGCUACAGAGGAUGAAAAGGAAGAGUUUGUUAAAUUAGCAGCUCAGAUAAAUACCACCAAGCGAUUGUUGGAGGAGCUCAAACUGGAAGAAGGAGAGUUAAUAGACCCCAAAGCAGAGAAACUCAAGGACAUCUUGGCUGCUAAAGCACAAAAGAAGGGUGAGGCCGUGGUGACCACACGUCUGAAGCUCAAACCUGAAGUGAAUCUAGCGCAGACCACCAGAAUAGCACAGCUAGAACACAGGUUACAUAAAUUAGAACAGGCGGCUGGUGUGAAAGAUGAGGACGCCUUUAGAAGACUACAGGCAGCUACUGGACAAGCGACGCUAUGCGGCGCGGCGCGGACGCUGGCCGCGCAGACGUCACUGCUGCGCGCGAGCGAGGUGUCUGCGGCGGAGGCGCGUGUGACCGCAUUACUCGCCAACGUGGACGCGCUCAAGGCCGCCGUCAGACCUAACAAUCCUGACUUAGACGCUAAGGUCAAUGAAUUAUAUAAAUUUAUGAAAGAAAUAGAUGGGUUUUCGCAUACAGAAUUAUUGGAACGGAUGGAGACGUUGGAAGCGCUUCAUCAUCAAGCAAGCAACUUCAGCAAAUCGCUAACAGAGCUAGAAACUCUACAGAGCACGAUAGCAAGCGGCGUCCAAAACAACAAAGAGUUACUGCAAGGCGUCCAGGAAGUUUUUGCUCACAACAUCGACAGCCUCCAGAAGGAGAUCAAGAAGCUGGACGACAGAAUUGGCAAGUUGGUAACCGCGUGAUAACCUUUUUUCACUGGUAUUAUUUUAAUUAUGUUGAAAGAAUUAAUGGUUCAAUAAUUUAUACCGCUCCCACCCAGCAAUAUUAUGUUCAUUGAAAAUUGAGCUUUAAAGUUUCUUCUGUAGACAUAUUUUACAUUGGCAACUUAUUUGCUUGCGGACAGUUGGCGUCUUGUUCAUUCAUAUAAAUUUUCGAUAAAUGUCAUAUUGCUGGGUGAAAGUGUGCUAAGCUUGUUAAAAGUAAAAAUGUAAAACUUGUAUGAUAGUUUGUGCUCGGAUGUUAAUGUAAUGCCGGCUCCACACUAUCGCGGAACAGUUCGGGCGGAUUUGGCAUACAUUGCUGGUUUUUCAUUGCGGUAAAUAAAAGUACUCAUUACAUUGCAAACUACGUUCAUGCAUCGCGUCGACGUCUAUCAGGGUUCGAUGAAAGCGCGUAGCCGGCAUCAUAUCUGUAUCGAACGAGCAUUAGGUAUACAGGGUGAUUUCUUAUACAUUGGCAUUAUUUUGUCUACGUGCUCAGUCCAUGGUACUGAACAACUUUUCGUAUGGAAGCAACCUUGAAAUCGCGAAAAAGAAAUCGGUUGAUCCAUACCUACAUUUUCCACUAGAAUAAGCAGAUUUUUUUCGCGAUUUCGGACUUACUCCCAUACUAAAAGUUGUUCAGAAACAUGGAGUGAGCAUGUAGACCCAAUAUUGCCAAUGUAUAAAAAGUCAUUAGCCAGACCAGUGUAGUCUAGACAUGUAAUAAUGAAAUAAAUUAAAUGCUACUCUAGCUGCAGACUUAAAUGUAACUACAGUCAAAAAGUGUGAUUCUUCAAAUCUUCAUAGCAGUACAGUCAACAGCACAUCAACCUACCCGAUAUUCAUCGCCGCUAUUACCGCGCCAUAGAGGUCAUACAGGGUAACUUGACGUGCUGUUGAUUGUACAUAUUAUAAUAUUAUCAAAAAGCAAUAGCGCCUUGUCUUUGACGCUUUUUAAAUACUUCAUUCAAUUAAACUAAAGCUCCGAAAAUACCAUAAUUAUCGCAUUUUGACAUUCAUAAGACAAUUAUUCCACUAACUCAAUUAAAAUUGAACUAAAAACUGUAUAAAUAAAAUUCGAAUGUGUGAUAUUUUUGUAAGACACACUUAAAUGAUUUAACUUGCAGCUACACAGCUAUGAUCGCGUCUUCAAGACUGAUUAUGAUGUGAAACAAUGACUUUUGAGGAAUUAUUUCUAAAAAAAGCUUGAAUUUAGAUUAUGGCUAAAUUUCUUUUCUGGCUUUGUUCAACAACUUAUUUAUAUUAUCAACGAUUUUAAUGUAUUCUUGUGCACACACUAGUUAGUCUCAAUAUACUUUGUAAAGUUUUUUUGAGAUGGUUAGGGAGAUUGCUUAUUUAUUACAAAUAAAGCUAUAAUUAUUA